CCAGCUGUAAGGCAGGCUGGGGCUGUAUUCCCACAUGUGGCAGCAGGAUGAGGCUCUCCCACAGCGGGAACAGACCUUGCUUCCAGCAGCCAGAGCCCUGCUGCUGACUGCCACAGCUCUCCCCGCACUCAGAAGAGGUGCCAGGGGUAGGAGACCUGCUCUGGGGAGCCGUGGUGAGGAGUGACUGGCCACUGGGAGCUGCGAUGGAGCAGCACUGGUGGAGUUGGUGGAGAGGCAGGCGGCCAGCACAGGGCUGGGGUGAGGGCCCAGACCAUGAAGAUACUCAUGGAAGAGGAGGAGACAUCCUGUGCUCCGAUGGGGUCUUGCAGUGAAGAAGGCUGGGCAGUGAAGAUGAUAUUACUGUGGGCUGKGAAAGAGCCACUGAGCUGUGUGUGCCUGGACGUGGAAACCGCAAAACCUGAACGCUUUGGGAGCAUCGCUGCUGACUUCGGUGAAAGGAGAAGUUCCUCCUGCUCCCAGCCCCAGCUUGCAACUGUCCAAGGUGAUUUAAUGGUGCUGGUGCUCCUCCCGACCUGCAAGAAGACUAAACAAGUGCUCAGCCGUUACUGGGACAUGAGAAUGUGGGAGCCACAGGAUCCGGAGGUGACAAGGUUGCACUGCUGACAGCUGUAGGAAAAGAGGCUCUCGGUGACGCCUUGGGUGCGAAGCUUCCCCGGGGCCGGGCCGGGCYGGAGGGACGAGGUGGCCGGAGCAGGGAGAAGAUGAAGUGGUGACAACUCCGGACAGAAGACCCAUCACCGCUGAGCAGGACUCACCUGUGCACCAGAGCCCCCAGAGCCUCCAGCCCUUCCCACAGCCCUCAUCUCCUGCCCACAGGCAGCCCCUGCCCCACGCCGGGCGGRAUCCCACCGGGAUGAACAUGGUAAAGAGCCCGGAGCAGCUGGAGCAGCGGUUGGCAGGGAUGGUGGCUGUCCGGGAGAAGUCUCCAGCCUGGUCUGCACUGGGAGAGGAGGGGCUGGCAACCAUGAAAAAGGACAAGAGCCACAGGCAGGAUGCAKCAGACUGUAGGGCAAAGCUGAUCCUCAUCAACGGGGACAAGGCACCGGGCGUUGUCCUGGCGGCGAAUGGGAAGCCCAGCACUCCAGGUCCCGGAGGCCUGGGACUGCCAUCCCGGAAGAAGGAAAACAGCAAUGGAGACCUCUCCAAGGAGGACCUGGCCUGGCCACUGGAUCUGACGCCGGUGCAGAAGGCAGGGCGGACCCGGCACGAGAUGAGGAUCAAGGAACCACCACGGAGUGUGGAGACCCUCAGGGAGCUGCCCACUCCCGUGCGGAGCUCCAGGCGUCGCUCAGCCGUGUCCACACCAGUGACCAUCGACCUUACGGAGGAGGACGACUCCCAGGACUCGUCCCGGAGCAGCAGCACGCUCUCGGGCAGCAGCUCCCAGGAGGGGCAGAAUGGCUCUGCUGAGCUGGGGGCUGAAGAGGCAGAGAGCAGAGACAUGGGCAUGGCGCUGGAAUAUCAGGAUGGGAAGGAUUUUGGAAUUGGGGAGCUUGUCUGGGGGAAGAUCAAAGGAUUUUCCUGGUGGCCUGCGAUCGUWGUCUCCCACAAAGCCACGGCCAAGCGCCAGGCGGUCUCGGGCAUGCGUUGGGUGCAGUGGUUUGGAGAUGGGAAGUUCUCUGAGGUUUCUGCAGACAAACUGGUGGGACUGAUGGCCUUUAGGCAGCAUUUCAAUUCCUCCACGUUCAACAAGCUGGUCUCCUACCGUCGUGCCAUUUACCACGCCCUGGAGGUUGCCCGGAGCCGGUCAGGGAAGACGUUUACAACUGGUCCCAGGGAGUCGCUGGAGGAGCAGCUGAAGCCCAUGAUYGACUGGGCAAUCACUGGCUUCAAACCCCUGGGGCUCAAGGGACUGCGGCCCCCCAAAGGCUCAGAGAAUGGGGUGCUGAGGAACGGGACAGAGGAGGUGGUGUCUCUKGAACAGUGUCCCCCCACCAAGAGGCUGAAGACCUACCCCUGCAACAGCAGCAAGGAGCAGCGUGUGGAAGAGGACCAGACCCGAGAGCAAAUGGUUUCCGAAGUUACAAACAACAGCGGGAAGCUGGAAGACAGCUGCUUGUCCUGCGGGAGGAGGAACCCGGCCACCUUCCACCCUCUGUUCAAGGGGGGCCUCUGCCAGACAUGCAGGGAUAGAUUCCUGGAGUACUUCUACAUGUAUGACGAAGACGGGUACCAGUCCUACUGCACCGUCUGCUGUGCGGGCAAGGAGUUGCUGCUGUGCAGCAAUGCCAGCUGCUGCAGGUGCUUCUGUGUGGAGUGUCUGGAUGUGCUGGUGGGGCGAGGGACGUCGGCCAGAGUCAAACAGCAGGAGCCCUGGAACUGCUACAUGUGCCAGUCACAGCAGAGCCACGGCGCGCUGCAGCGCCGGCAGGACUGGAACAGCCGCCUGCAGGACUUCUUCGCCAGUGACAAGGGACAGGAAUUCGCUGCACCCAAAAUCUACCCCACAGUUCCUCCAGCGAAGAGGAGACCAAUUCGAGUGCUCUCRUUGUUCGAUGGGGUGACAACAGGACAUCCAGGAGCAGCCACAUCCAACGGUGCUGAUGAAGGAGACUUGGAGGCUAAAGAGAGCAGUGCCACCUCAGACCUCUGUCCGUUGGCAGGGUACACRGUGCUGAAGGAUUUGGGCAUCCAAGUGGAGAAGUACAUUGCCUCAGAGAUCUGYGAGAGCCCCAUCGCAGCGGGCAGCGUGCGGCCCGAGGGCAACAUCACCUAUGUUCGUGAUGUCAGGAACAUAACCAAGAGACAUAUUGAGGAGUGGGGUCCUUUUGACCUGGUGAUCGGUGGAAGCCCCUGUGACGACCUCUCUGUUGUCAAUCCCACCAGGAAGGCACUGUUUGAAGGAACUGGGAGGCUGUUCUUCGAGUUCUACCACCUGCUCAACUACGCCCGUCCCAAGGCGGGCGAGGAGCGGCCCUUCUUCUGGAUGUUUGAGAAUGUGGUGGCCAUGAGGAUCAACGACAAGAGGGACAUUUCCCGGUUUCUGGAGUGUAAUCCAGUUAUGGUCAACGCAAUCAAGAUAUCAGCUGCCCACCGAGCUCGUUACUUCUGGGGCAACCUCCCAGGGAUGGACAGGAUCUUUGGCUUCCCCCUCUCCUACUCUGAUGUCUCCAACAUCAGCCGUGGGACUCGCCAGAAGCUGCUGGGGGGAUCAUGGAGUGCCCCUGUCAUCCGGCACCUCUUCUCCCCGCUCAAGGAUUACUUUGCCUGUGAAUAGCAAGAGGAGCGUCCCUCGUCUCUCCGGUAAAGAUGCACAGCGCCGCUGCUGUGGCGGGAGAGGGACGGGCACGGCCACCGGACUGUCACAGCCCCGUCCCUCCCCGGCCACGUGCCGCGGGACGGC